AUGUUUAAGAAGAAGGAACCCAGCCCGGUCAAAAUCAGCCAGACCAAAGUGAAUGAACUCACAAGUUUGAUUGCGCGUAUGCAGAAAAAUGCUGACCAAGUGGAGAAAAACAUCCUAAAAGCAGAGGAGCUGCUGUCCGAGGACUCAACGAAGAAGAAGAAAGAUCGGCCUCUCUUGCACCAGACCGAAAGUGCAAAAAACCUGUCUGAGGCUGAGGGCUUGUUGAAGGAUCUCUUUAUAGAUGUAGACAAAGCAAAAAAACUACAACAUCCACAAAGCAAUGAGAUAGAGAUGGAUGUGAGUAAUCUUCAUGACCGCUGGUCUAAAGACUGUACCACGUAUCGGGACCUGUAUGGGCAGUUACUAGAGGUGGAGCUUAGACCACGGUUAGAAUGGGCACAGUUGCUCAGAGACAAACAGGCCCAGGUGAAUGAUGAAGAAUACGGUCCUAAAUUGGCUGAUGUGGAGAAGCAGAUUGCAGCCCAUAACAUCCUCCACAGAGAGAUCGAAGCCUACGGUUCCCAGUUGCAGCCCAGUUCGUUCACUUCUAAGGAUGAAUAUUCUGCCAUUCAGAAGCAGUACAGUAAACUCCUGGAGAGUUCUCAGUUGCGCAGUAAAUCCCUGAGUUCUCUGUAUGACCUCAUGCAAGGCUGCAGUAAAGAGUUGGCGUAUCUGAAAGAACAGCAGAACAAAAUCCUCAGCAGGGACUGGAGUGACCGUAUGGUAGACCCUCCUGGAGUACGCAUGGAGUAUGAGAGGUUCAAAAACAAUGGCCUACUGCAGCACGAGGGUGAGGUGAACAAACUGCAGGACGACGCUGAGAGGCUGCUUGAAAAGAACCAUCCUGCCACAGCUGUCAUCCAGGCUCACCAAGAUGCUCUGCAAAAUGAAUGGCAAUGUUUCCUCAACCUCCUCAUCUGUCAAGAUACUCACCUUGAUAAUGUUGAGGACUAUAAAAAGUACCUGCUGGAUGCUGAGACAUUUUCUGAGUCUGUAAAGAGGAUUAACUCCACAAUGGAUCCAACGGUUCUGCAGAGGAUGAGCAGCCCAGAAAUCCUACUGCAGCUUGAGAGUGAGGAAAGAGCUAUUGAGAGAAACCAACAGAGAUUGGCUGAUCUUCGGGAGCUUUGUUCGACCUUCGCCCCUCUACCUCUAAGACGCACACGUCCCAGUAAAAGCACCAGCGUCAUUGCCUUGUGCGACUGGAAAACUGAUAAGCAUUCAGUGACCCGCGGGGAGAAAUAUACACUGGUGUCCAAUUCCGGUGAGGACUGGGAGGUGAAGAGCAGCACUGGAGAGACUAAACUUAUCCCAGGGGUCUGUUUCCUCAUCCCACCUCCUGACUCUGAUGCCAUUAGCAGAGUGGAUGGCCUGGCCAGAGAUCUGGAUGAGCUGAAGAAGAGGAGAGCUGCUUUGCAGGCCUCUGUCAAGACUCCCAGUGUAGAAGUUGUGAAGGUGGUUAAAUCAGCCACUGUUGCCAGUGCUCCAGAGGAUCCUAAAGCAGCCACUUUGGUCACCAGGUUGGACCAGAUCAAUGCAGGUCUUCUGGACUUAGAGAAGAACAUGCUCAGGCGCAUGAGAACCCCACUGGAUCGCUCCAACCCUAGUAAUGAUUUGUCCAAUCGACUGAGAGACCACGAGAAAUCUGUUCUGACUCUAAGAGAUUUGGAGGCAGAGAAAGCCACUGUUCAGAGAGAGAUGGGACCCCUCCUGUCCCAGAAACCCUUGGGACCCAGAAUUUACUCUCUGUCACAAAAAUUAAACACUGCCACCAACAAGAUCGAUGAUAUUUCCACUUUGGCUGAGCUGUACAAGAAGAAGGCAACAGCCUCCAUGUACCUGGAGAAACAGAUUAAGGAAGUGGACAAAAUCCUUCGUGGAUUUGAAUCACGGCUGGCACAGGACACGGUCAUCCCGAAUGCUCCAAAUGCCAUUCAGACCCACAAUCAAGAGCUUCAGGUCAUGCAGAGAGACUUGCUCUCUAAUAAGAGUGACAUUCAAAAACUGAACCAUGAACUGGAGACCACAGAACAGCUUUGCAGAUCUCUACAGAAGAAUUUUCAGGAGUACUGUCCAGACAUCCGCCAACAGGAGACUGAAGUCAAACAUCUGAGGAAUCGCUACACCAACAUCAGCAACCAGCUCCAGUUCAGGUCAGCCCUGAUGCAAGAAGCUGCCAGUAAGAACCAGAGUUUUCAGAGCACUGUCCAGUCUCUAAACGCCUUCUUGAUCAAUAUGCCCAACAAUAAAAUAAAGCCUGGGGACAGCAUGACUCAGAUUAACUCCAAGAAUAAUUCUCAAAAGAGGGUGGUUGAGGACAUCAAACGAAAAUCUGAUGAUGUAGACCUGGCAGUGAGCCUUUCUCGUGAUCUGCAGACUAUUCUAAAUGAAUAUGAGGCUAAUUCUGAGAAGUACCGCACCACCCUGGACAUCGUGGAGACAGAUGCAAAAAGGCCUCAUACUUCUAAUCUUUGUGAUGGAGUGCAGAAAAGGGAGCGUGACAUAGUGAACCUUUACACUGAAGUGUCAGCAGAGAACAAUCAACUUCUAAACCAAAUGGGCUUGGCCAAAAACAUUGUCAACAAGAAUGAAGAGAUUGUGAGUCAGGUGGCAGUGAAACAGCAGAUGCAGAUGCAGAGUCAGCAGAGAGAUCUGGAAGAGAUGGAAAACCUGAAGAGAGAGUUGGAAGAAGAGAUCACCAGACGGACUCAUGCCGAAAAUGACCUGGAGACAUACAGUAAAAGGAUGGUGUCCCUCAAGAGCAGGAGAGGGGUGGAGCGAUUAGAGGAGAAGGAAAUUGUUCAGUACUACCGUGACCCCAAACUGGAGGCAGACCUGGAAGUUCUGAAGAAGAAAAUACAAGAAGAGACCCAGAAUCGCACAGGAACUCGUUCCGAAAUUGACAUAAUCAACCAGAAAAUUAUCCGUCUAGAAACUGAACUGACCAGAAUAGAGCCAAAGCUCGUGACUAAGGUUAUUACUGAAUUUGAAAGGGAUCCACAGCUUGACAAGGAGGCAGCUAGAAUUAGAGAGGAGAUGCAAAGGCUGAAGGAUGAGGUUCGGGUCCGAGAGACAGAAACAGUACACAUGCAAAGUGAGAUCACACUCCUGGAGCAAAAGAGACCUACAGUAAAACAGAAGGUGAUGAAGAAGGAGGUGUUGAAACUUGAGAAGGAUCCAGAAAUGCUGAAAGCUGUUAUGGCCUUUAAGAGUGAGAUCUCAGAUGAGGGUAUCAGAAUAAAGAACCUGAAUGAUGAUAUCUUUUAUAUCAGGAGCCAGAUCAACACACUUGAGAGGAUUAUCCCAACUAUUCAGCCAAAAAUAGUUCUCAAGGAAGUGAAGAAGGUAGAGCAGGAUCCACAACUCAUUAAUGAGUCCAAGAUACUCCGCACAGGCCUAGAUGAAGAGAUGCAUGCGAAUACUGAAAUCCUAAAGGAGGUUACCCAUCUCCAGCGCAGAUACGGUGAAGUUGCAAAGUUGAAGCCCAAAAUAGAGGUCAAGGAAAUCAUCAAUGAGAAAUUUAGAGUGGACCCUGAGACCGAGGCGGCACUGCGACGUAUGAAGAAAGAGAUCCAAGAUACAACCCGACACUAUACUGCCUUGGAGAACCAAAUAAACACAGUGACCGUUGAGCUCCAGUCCUUGCGCUCCCAGGAACCCAAAGUUGAGCUGAAGGAGGUGACUCAGGAGGUGAUUAAAGAGGAGAAGAGUCCUGAGAUUAUCCGGGAGAUGAAGAGGUUGAAUGAGCAGGCGUCCACCUUGAGAGUGACUUAUGACAGCACCCUGGAUCAACUUAACCUUUUACGCAAAAAAAGAGAUGAAUUAAAAGCUGAAAAAUCGAAGGUUGAGAUGCAGCUUGUGACCAAAGAGGUGAUCAAAUAUGAGAAUGAUCCUUUGCUGGAGAAGGAGGCUGAUCGACUGAGGAGAGAUGUACGUCAGGAAAUUCAGAAUCGCCGGAAUGUGGAAGAAGUGGUCUUUGAUCUUCAAAACCAGUAUAUCUUGCUUGAAAGAAAGAAGCCAGAGGAGAAGGUUGUAGUCCAAGAGGUGUUGCGGCUUGAGAAGGAUCCUAAACAGAUUGUGGAGCAUGAGAGGUUAAGCAAGCGUCUGGAUGAAGAAAUCAACUCCCGUAGGCAGCUAGACUUGGAGGUGCAGCAGCUUAGAGCUCUGGUUUUGGAGAAGAAGAAGAACUUAGAACAGAUGAAUGAUCAUCAAAAGAAGAUCCUUGUAGAGACAGAACUCAGGAAAAUCAAGAUUCGCAUUCAUGAGCUUGAAAGCAUACCACCACCCAUUGAGGAGAAAAUUGUCAUUGAGGAGGUCCUUAAAGUGGAGAGAGACCCAAAGCUUGAAAAGCUAACCGAGGGUUUACGCACCGACUUGGAAACUGAGAGUACCAGCACCAGCCGGCUGGAAAAGGACAUCCAAAACCUGAAGACCAGGAUUGACAUUUUGCAAAAGGAGAAAUCUCUUGAAAAGACUGUCUACAAGGAGGUGAUUCGGGUUGAGAAGGACCAGGCUGUGGAGGCUGAAAGGGCCAGACUCAGGGAUGAUGUGACGCAUGAAAGAAAUGCCAGAAGAGAUCAAGAGGAUGAAAUUCAGCGUCUCAAUAGCAAACUGACCCGCCUUCUGGCACUGAAGACAACCAUAACAGAGGAGGAGGCCAGCCUGAUCUUAAACAGGGAUGCACUUAAGAAGGAGAAAGACAGUCUUCUUGGAGAGCUAGAGACUUUGGAAGGAGACAGGCAUAGCAUCACUAUAAAGUUCCAGCAGCAGUCCAAACUAAUGAGUGAAAGAAACCAGAUGAACAGGCAAAGGAAUAUCAAAUUGGAAUCUGAAAUACAGAGACUGGAGAACAAUAUCCUGGAUGAGAAAGAUAAAAUUCACCAAAGGGAGAUUACAAUCAUGGAACUACAGAGCAGCGUGAAAAAGGAGGAUCAUUCUGAGACACACACAAGAGAAACCAAUCUUUCCACCAAAAUCACUAUCCUGGAUCCUGAAACAGGCAAAGACAUGUCACCUUAUGAUGCUUACUUGGAGGGACUGAUUGACCGAAAUCAGUAUAUACACCUUCAAGAGCUGGAGUGCAACUGGGAAGAAAUCACUACCACUGGACCUGAUGGUGAAACCUCUGUUCUACAAGAUUGCAAGAGUGGGAAACAGUAUUCAAUCGUGAAUGCUCUAAAAGAAGGGAGGCUGACUGAGUAUGACCUGAAACGCUACAAGGAAGGGAAGUUACCCAUUUCAGAAUUUGCUCUGUUGGUUGCAGGAGAAAAGAAACCAAAACCCUUCAUUGGUUCACUCAACAGUACAGUGAGUGUUUCUGGUGAUGAACACUUCCCCAUCUCUGGUAUACUGGACACUACCACAGACAGUCGCAUGUCUGUGCGAAGCGCAAUGACUCGUAAACUUAUCGAUAAAGAAAUGGCUCUGUACUUGCUAGAAGCUCAGGCUGCCACUGGAGGUAUUGUGGACAUUGGCCAGAAGGACCGUUUCUCUGUUCACAAGGCAGCAGACCGAGGCUUAAUUGACUCAAGUCAGCUGCACAAGCUGCUCAAUGCUCAGAAGGCGUUCACUGGUGUGCAGGACCCAGUGUCUAAUGAGCGUUUCUCAAUAGGGGAAGCAGCCCAAAAGGGCUAUAUCCCUAAGGAAAAUGCCAUGCGGUACAUGGAGGCACAGAUGCUAACUGGGGGAUUAGUUGACCCUAACAGGGCUGGGCGAAUCAGAAUUACAGAAGCACUAGAAUGCAAGAUGAUUGAUGAUGCUAUGGCAGCGGAUCUUCGGGAAAAUUUCAAGUAUGCUAAGUACCUGACCGACCCAGUCACAAAGAAAAAAAUUUCCUAUAAGGAGGCAAUGGAUCAGUCCAAGAGGGAUCACCAUACGGGUCUACUGCUGUUCCCAGUUGCCUCCACUGAUUCCACUGAUGCUCCAUCAUACUCCAGUUACAAGUUCAGAUCUUCACACACACAAAUCUAG